GUCAUCGUCAAUAAACAUAAAUGAAUUUUUAAUUAAUUAAUCGGUGUCAAUGUGAAUGAUUUUCAUUAUUGAAGCUCAGUUCCUGUAUGAUUCUUGCUCAUUAUCAUCAUCAUCAUCAUCAUGUUCGUAAUGUAAUUUACUCUACAUCUUGUAUAUAGGAUUCGAUUGUUUUUUUUCAAACUGCAAAAAAAAAUUAGAACAAUUCUGAUUUGGAUUAAUGCAAUGAGCAUCAUGUUUCAAACAAAUUUUCAACUAUUUGUAAUGAUAUUUUUGAUUUUAAUCUAUACAUGGCCAUAUUGUCAUUGUCGUAUACAUCAUUUGAAAUUACAUAAUGAUAUUCGAAGAUAUUUUCCUGUAUCAACAUUCGGUUAUUUUGCCGGUGGUCAGCUUGAAGUUACUAUUAAUCGAUUUCGUUAUUAUCCUGAAAAUCUAGAUGAAAAUGCCGUUUCGCAAAAAUUUGGCUUUUCAUUGACUCGUACACUGAGUAAUAAUAUUUCACCAUAUAUCGAUGGACAAUAUAGCCAACUAAGUUGUACGCUUAAUCAAGAUAUGGAUUAUUUUCAGGAUGAACUUGGUGUUAUAAUGAUGAAAUUCGACAUCAAAAACAAUAGUGUGUUGUUACAAUGUAAUUCAGAUCUCAGCAAAUUGAGUAUAUUUUCCUCUGAUCAUUCAAUCGCAAAACGUUCCAUCAAUUCUAAUGAAGAAAAAUCUAAACAGGUUGAUAUUCAACCUAAAAUUGAAAAUGAUAACAAGUCCAAACAAUUCGAUACAGUUCAAGGAGUCGAUAAUAAUGUUGCUCCCAUCCCUGAAAAAAAUGAUCAAAACGAAGAACCACCAGAUGAAAUUGAAUCAAAGAAAAAUGUUCAUGAUUCUGAGCAAAAUGAGUCUAAAAACAUGGAAUCUGUCAAUGUUAAAUUUGAACAUGCUGCAAAUUCUCCUUAUUCAUGUUUAACCAACUCUAUCGAAAUGAAACGAAUAGGCAAAGCUCAAGAUGGCAGUUUAGAAUUUAAUUUCGAGUUUAAAGUUUUCAUUACCGAUCCAAAAUAUGAAGGUUUAUAUUCAUUACAUUUUCACAAUUGUUUCAAUUAUCCGAAAACCAUGGAAGAAUUAAAUCAAUAUACGUCAGUAGAUUUGGACAUAAAAAUUGUGGAAAAAAAUCUGGAUAAUUACCUAUCGGCAGGUGAAAUUCCAUUACCUCAAAUAUUCUUUGCUCUAUCCAUCAUAUUCUUUAUUCUGGGAGCUAUCUGGUGUGUCUCGAUUCGAAGUCGUUAUGAAGAGACAUUUAAAAUUCAUUAUUUGAUGGGUGUCCUAGUGUUUGUUAAAGCUAUGUCUCUACUUUUUCAUAGCAUCAACUAUCAUUUCAUUGCUAAAGAAGGAUCUCAAGUUGAAACAUGGGCUGUAUUAUACUAUCUAACUCAUUUUCUCAAAGGUGCAUUAUUGUUCAUUACUAUCGUUUUGAUUGGCACCGGUUGGGCAUUCAUCAAACAUAUUCUCAAUGAUAAGGAUAAAAAAAUAUUCAUGGUUGUCAUUCCAUUACAGGUGAUUGCCAAUAUUGCUGAUAUAAUCACUGAGGAAAGUGAAGAAGGUGCAUUAAUACACACCGUUUGGAGAGAGAUAUUCAUCCUAGUCGAUAUGAUAUGCUGUGGUGCAAUACUUUUUCCAGUUAUUUGGUCCAUAAGACAUUUACAUGAAGCAUCUGCCACCGAUGGCAAAGCAGCUAUUAAUUUGAAAAAAUUACAAUUAUUCCGUUUCUUUUAUGUGAUGAUUGUAUUCUAUAUAUAUUUCACUCGAAUUAUUGUCUAUCUUGUCAAGAUAACGGUGCCUUUCAAUUAUGAAUGGUUGGCUCAAUUCUUUCAACAUGCAGCCACAUUAAUAUUUUUCAUAUUGACUGGAUAUCAUUUUCAACCGACAACAUCGAAUCCUUAUUAUCAAUUAUUACAGGAUGAAAUCGAAAUGGAUGAAGAAGUUUUAUUCAUUCAGCCAAGCACUUUUAGUGAAGCGAAAAAACGUAAUCGUGAUCUAGAAUCGGGUGAUUUGCAGAAUCUAUUGAAUACAAAUUUUACACAUGACUAUGAUUGAAUCAAAAAUUCAAUCCAAUUCAAUGCCAUUUUCAGAUAUUUGUUUCACAUAUAUUUUGCCAUUAUCAAAUAUAUAUAUGCUUGUAUGUAUAGAGAAAGAGA